GUUUGUCAGCUCAGUACCAGUUACCACUCCCACAGGCAAAUAGCUAAGCGUAGCUGUAGUUACCAAAAACACGAGUAUAUAUAAAAUUGACAAUCAUUGUUGAAGUGCUGAACAUUCAGUUUUUCACCUUGCUUUUAGAUUUUUACCGUUAUUUACCAGGUAAGUAUGAUAUGAACAGAGUCUUAUUUGCAUCAAAGACCUGCGAGCAAUUAACUGUCUUGCUCUGGGAAAUAACUAAAUAUGUUUUCUCUUCAGCUAUUCGAUCUAACGACCUUUGAGGUUGUCUCACUUGUCUGCACCCAGAUGUUUUCCUGCCACAGUGGUAACAACUAAAACUUUCCCGUCAACAUUUUGGUAGAACAGAAAUAGGAUCUCUAGUAUUCCUUUCAUCUUGUAACAAAGUGUCACAUUACUAAUAGAUGCAACGUCAAAUAUGUUGAAAAGACAAUUGAUCAAAUCAUCGAUUUAGACAACAAUCAAGUAUUUGACUGCACUAUACCCUCUUUUUCCGAAGGAGGCUUUUAUUUUGAAAGUAGACUGGAAAAUAUACGCACAUAAUGUCACCUGACCGCAUUUCAGGAAGCUCUGAUAGUUUGGAAAUUCCUGGUUGAAAGAAUUAGCGUGAAGAGCAGUUAAACUGCUUUGCAGUCUGUAACGAAAGUAAUGUUAACAAACUCUGCCCGCGAACAUGCAUUGCCCAAUCCUUAUUGCCGUGGUUAUUUGGUCCAGUUGUGUAGACUCGCAGAAAAUCAGAGGGAUUUCUUUAUCGUAUAAGAGGUUUUACCGGGAAAGAAAGUCCUUCCUGUGUAUCGACGGGUCCAAAUUGAUCCCUUUUGACCAGGUGAAUGAUGACUAUUGUGACUGUGCGGAUGGAUCGGAUGAACCAGGCACUGCAGCCUGUCCUGACGGCCGGUUCUAUUGCACCAAUCUUGGCUACCGGCCUCACUACAUCCCGUCGUCACGUGUCAACGACGCCAUUUGCGAUUGCUGCGAUGCGUCCGAUGAGUACAACAGUCACACGGCCUGUCAGAACACAUGCAGGAAUCUAGGACAGAGGGAGCGAGCGGAGGUGAAGAGUCAGAUGAGGGCCCUGGAUCAGGGGCUCAGACUCAAGCAGCAGCUGAUCGAGGAGGGGGUUCUGACAUGGCGGGACAAGCAGGCUCAGCUUCGAGACCUGCAGCGUGUCCUUGACGACCUACAGACCCAACUGGACGAUCUCCGGAAGGAGGAUGCCAGGAGGAAGAAGGAGGUGGACGCGCUCAGAGAGCUGGAGAUAGGCGCACUGGAAACAGAGGAGAACAGUCACAGAAGUCACAUUAUGAAUGAGUCUCCAGUCAGCAUUUUCUAUGAGUUGGACAGCAAUAGAGAUGGCAGGCUAAGCGCGAAGGAGGUCCGGGCCAAGCUCACUGACAUCCAGGAUGGAGAGCGCGUUCUGUCGGAAGAUGAAGCCGUCGCUCUGCUCGGGGGGGGGCACCACGUUGAUCUCUCUAGGUUUGAGGAGACGCUCUGGAACAGCAUAAGGAUUGGUCACAACGUAACGAUCAGAGGACGUGUGCCGGGCCGGCUCGUCAAGGGAGAACCCGUUCUCAAGGCAGCCGUGAGCGCUGCAGAAAAGGCGGCUGCUGAACUGAAGAAAGUCGAAGACGCGUACGAAACGGUGUACAUGGAAAUCAGGGAUCUGAGGGAGAAACUGGCCACGGACUACGGCCCAGAGAGGGAGUUUCUGUUCCUGUAUAACCAGUGUUUCCAACUAAAGGUCCACGAGUACUUUUACGAGCUGUGUCCCUUCAAUCAAGUAACCCAGACGAGCGCCUCUGGGGCAGAGGUUUCCUUGGGGAAGUGGGGGUCGUGGGCAGGUUCACCACAGCACCGGUAUAGCCAGAUGAAGUAUGAGAAUGGAGAGCCCUGCUGGCAAGGACCUACCAGAAACACAGUGGUCACGUUGACAUGUGGAACAGAGACAGCCUUGCGAUCGGUGAAGGAGCCCGGCAAAUGCCAGUACGUCGCGGAGUUCCAGACUCCCGUGGCCUGCCGGCCGGCGCUGAGGCAACAGGGCGUACACAGUGAACUUUGACCCCCAGGGAUAAAGGAAGGGAGUCAUGGCCACACGGCCCCUAAGGCUGACCGUGACAGACUGGUUCCAGGGGGCCAUUGAGGCCCCUGUGUCCUCAGCCUGUCUGUCAGAACACAUAUCGCAAUAAUUACUGUUUGCUUGUAAGUCUUCCGUUACUUUCUGUUUCAUGUCAUCAUUGUGUUUUUGGUGCGAUUUGUUUCCCUGAAUGUUGCAGUGUUCAUUUUCUUUUUUGUAAUUUUUUUGUUUUGUGAGGUGGGGGGGGGGGGGGUUGAGGAGUAGGAAUCUUCAUGUACAAUUCAGUUCUUAGGCUUCACCUUUGUCAGAUAGGACACAUGUUUCAAGAUGUCUUUUAAUUACGGUGGAUUUGUGUUUUUGUGGUUUGUGUGGUUAGCUUGUACAGUUUGUAUAAUGGAAUGCACUCUGUGCCACUGAAAGAGCUUCUCAGAGUAAUUCCUGUUCAAAAAAUUUGAAUCAAAGCUGUUUCCGAACACUGUCUAAUAACGGCAUAAUACAAUUACGACGUUUCUUUCCUGACAAGGAAAAUACUCAGAUUUAAAUGAAAAAUAAAGGGAAUAUUUUUCACGGA